AUGAGACCAACUUUGAUCAGAAACUUUCACAGAUCAGCCGUGAGGAUGGCUGCCCAUGCAGACCACAGUAACGCCCCAGGAGGUAGAUGGCUCUUCACAGCUGGAGGAGUGGCAUUGCUUCUGGCAGGCGGUGCUGUAGUGGUGGCUCAAAGGAAUAACGAGCAGAACAGUCACAUCCGCAACAUCUUUAAGAAUGAAAGAGGGACGGGCGCCAGGCACUUGUGA